UCAGUUCACCUAGAUACCAUAAGAAUCUUUUUAUUAGCAUAAAGCUUAUAACUUUUGAGAAAAAGUUUCUACCUUUAAAAGUUGGUGUGCUGAAAAUGGGCAUCUGAAUGAUACCCUAUUGAUAUUUUCAUUGUUUCUUCUCUUUUAUUCUUUUAAUUUGAUCAAAACGUCUCUAACUUUAGAAGUUGGUGUGCUGAAAAUUGGCAUUCAGUGAUACCCUUUUGAUUGCAGUGCCAAGAUCUUAAUAUAAGUCUGGGAUCUGUUUGGUUGGCUUGGUUGAAUAUUCAAUUUGUGUAAAAGGAACCAGCCAGAUACCAGAAUGGGUGACGUAGCCAAGGAUUUAACAGCUGGGACUGUAGGUGGAGCAGCACAAUUGAUUGUUGGUCACCCUUUUGAUACCAUCAAGGUCAAGCUUCAAAGCCAGCCUACUCCACUUCCAGGGCAGCUUCCUAAAUACUCGGGUGCCGUAGAUGCUGUUCGGCAAACAGUAGCUGCAGAAGGUGCUAGGGGGCUGUUCAAAGGCAUGGGGGCCCCACUUGCCACUGUUGCAGCCUUUAAUGCUGUGCUCUUCACAGUGAGAGGUCAAACCGAGGCAUUCUUGAGGUCUGAACCUGGAGCGCCUCUUACUGUGAACCAGCAAAUCGUUUGCGGGGCUGUUGCUGGAACUGCUGUGUCUUUUCUUGCUUGCCCAACUGAACUUAUAAAAUGCAGAUUGCAAGCCCAGAGUGUAAUGGCAAGUGCAGGCUCAGCUGCUGUGGCAGUGAAAUAUGCAGGACCAAUGGAUGUGGCAAGACACGUACUUCGAUCUGAAGGAGGUGUUGGGGGUCUCUUUAAGGGCUUGUUCCCCACCAUGGCACGUGAAAUACCUGGAAAUGCUGCUAUGUUUGGUAUGUACGAAGCACUAAAGCAGUACUUUGCAGGAGGCACAGACACUUCAGGGUUAGGAAGAGGUUCUCUUAUUGUAGCCGGAGGCUUGGCUGGCGGUUCCUUCUGGAUUUCCGUGUAUCCAACAGAUGUCAUCAAGAGUGUAAUCCAGGUCGACGAUUAUAAAAACCCGAAGUUUUCUGGCUUUUUUGAUGCGUUCAAAAAGAUCUUGGCAGCAGAGGGAGUCAAAGGACUUUACAAGGGAUUUGGACCUGCUAUGGGACGUAGCGUCCCUGCAAAUGCUGCAUGUUUCUUAGCAUAUGAGAUGGUUAGGUCUAGUUUGGGAUAAUUCAUUGUUGAUGGGGAUGGAUUUAGACACUGUUAAUUUGUUAUUCUUUCAAUUUAACUCUUCUUUGCUGAAAUAGUGUAAUUCCACUUGAACUUACAGCUGGGCAAUUGUGCUUUAAA